AUGGCCAUCGCCGCUCUUGUCGCCUUCUUUCUCUGUCUCCAGGGCCUUCGACUCGCUGCUGCACAGAGUCUGAACUCGAUCGCAUCGGCAAUCAACAACCUUCCCGUCCUCUACGACACCUCCGACAUUCGUCUCGUCAAAGCAAGCCACGGACUCGACUCCUUCUGGGCCUCCAGCUUCAUCCGCACCACCGACAACCGCCGUUUCCUCGUGAGCGCCAAUGUCAUCAUCCAGAAUGGCGCCGCAAUUCAACGCGCAGGAAUCCUCUCGCUAGAUGACCCUCUCUCGACCUUCCCCAGGAAUUACCUUGGUCUUGUCCUCGCCGACGGAAGUGACGGCACCGCCGAGCUAUUCAACAUCACCACCCACGACGGCCGAUUCAGCAUGGAAACAAUCUCCAACUCCAAUUCCGCUGCCGAAGCAUUCCCGUCAAUGCGCAUCUUCAGCGCCCUCCCGGACACAGAGUUCGACAUCGACAUCAACAUGCACGGUCCCGCAAUCCUCAACGCCGGGCUGGGCUCGUUCCAAUGGGGCGGCGGUAUCGAGCACCAGAUCUCACUGCCCGCUGCUCGACCGAGCGGUACACUCGUCGUCGGAAAUAAAACUCUGACUAUCGACUCCAGAAACUCGCUUACCUGGUACGACCGCCAAUGGGGACCGACGCUGCCAGACGGCUUCACCUGGUUCGGACUGUACGUGGCUGGGCCGGAUAACUCGCAGUGUUACCUUUCCGUCUGGAACUGGCAGGAUAGCAUCGAUGGGGACAAGGCCUUCGUGACGAUUCAAAAUAAGCGUGCCAGUGGGAAUACUGUCAUCCCUAUUGCAGCUUUUGAAGCCUCGGAUACACUUGUCUUCAACUCACCCGCUUCCGGUCGUGCAUAUCCGCUGCAGUAUACCGUUACCCUGGGAGAUGGAAAGAAGUUCCGUGUCAAGAGCUUUAGGCCUGAUCAGGAGUAUGUGAUGGAUGGGUCGACGUAUGGCUUCUACUCCGGAUACGUCGAGGUCGACGGCGACUACACGGGCUUUGGGGUGAUUGAUAUUCCCUAA